AUGGAGGAUACAGCAAUACUAGAUGAUUUGCCGGAGCACGAGCAUGAUGAAAUUCAAAAAAUCGAGAAUGAAGCAAUCGAAUUGGUAGAAAAACUCUAUGGUCCA